AUGUCUCAUCUGGGGUCUGAUAAGAACGAUAAGUUCAAAAAUCCCAAUUUCGCGGGUGUCACUUCACCGAUACCAAUUAGAACGACAACGUCACUGGCAAGUCAAUUGAGGCACCCCGAGGAUCAUCAUUCUUUCCAUUUGGACGACGAGUCUAGGUCAUUUACUCCUUCAACAUGGGACUCGGUACAGAAACAUGUCACCGCGAGAAGACCAUCGUACAAUACAAUUGUCAAUUACAGAGAAAAGUUUUACAAUUUGGAUUAUCCCAAAGAUGGCAAUACACUAGCAAAAUUGCAAUUGGAUCCUAAGUCGAGGUUUUACUCCAGAUCUCGGCCCAGGACAUUGAAUCUUGCGCUGUUGAUGCCGUACCGCAUUGAAUCUCCCGAAGAACAAGCCAAAUUCUUGAGUCACAUUGUUUCUCAUUUAUAUAUCGCCAUUAAAUCUUUGGACAUCCAAGGCUCAUUGAGUAUCAGUGCCAAAGAUUUGGCAGCGUUGAAAGAGUCUAUUUCAGAUGUGGAUAUUGCGUUGGAAACAAAUUUAUUCGAAAUCAAUACUGCUGAAACCCAUGAGGAUGAGCCGAUGACGGAUGAUCUCGACACUUCAGAUGAAGAGAUGGUAGAGGAUGACGACGACGACGACGACAAAGAAGAAGAUGAUGAUGAAGGGGAAGAAGGCGAAGGAGAGGAUGACGAGAAUGAUAAGGAUGCUACUAUUCAGCAUAAAAGAUCACCCAAGUCAGCCGCCGUAGUUACAGUUCGUACUUGGACACAUGAAUUAUUGAUUUGGCUCAAAAUGAAGUACGAUAUGCCAGUGACUUUGAAAAUAAGAUUAGCACGAGUGUACUAUGCUUUGUGUCUUUGCCGUGGUCAACACAUUGGUAUCAAGACAUAUGUUCGCGUGUUUGAGAUUUUGACAAAAGAUCAGAAAUUGCUUUACGCUCAAGGUUUGAGAUUGAACUGGGAGGAUUUGUACAAGGAAUUUCAGCUUUUGUUUCCGUCACCCGAUCCAUCGUUGGGCCCUUUUGAAAAAAAGGAUCAGAGGCAAUUGGGUAAAUUAGCUACAAAAGCUUCCUACUUUUUCGAUCCAAAAAGUUUGCCCAUAAUUUUCGAAAAAUUGGGCUCGAAUUUUGCUGUAAGCACGUCGGCAUUGACCAUCUCAUCGUUUGCAUUAUUGCCAAUGAAUUUCACUACCGGUGGAGUUGACGAUGAAUAUGACAUUCGCCACUACUUGAGCCCAUUGUUUUAUAUGUGGCUUAAAAUCAAUAAAAGUAAGGGACUCGACGAACACAUUACAGGCAGAUUAGGUGUAAUUGUUAUGUCGACAUUGUUUAGGAUGCACGACGAUGAAAACGUAAGAGAGGUUGUCAAGUUGGGGAAGUUUGGUAUUCUAUCUCAAAGUCAAAUGGAACUUUUAUUUAAUGAAAUGAUCAACAGCUUUGGCAUUAGAAACGAAAAGUAUGCAUCCAAAAAACUGAAGUAUUUUCAUGGAUUUGCUUCUGCUAUUGUAUUUUCAAUGGCUGGUGACAAGGCGUUGGAAGAAGGCGGUAUAAUCUAUCUCUUGAAAACGUUGGUCAAUGCAAUUGAGAGUUAUAUUCACCCCUCCAAUUCGGGUGAGUGGACAAGACCCAUUUCGCGUGCCCUUCUAGCACUCAUCUAUCAGUUUCACAAGAGAUACAACUUGGAAGCACAAACAGAUGGCGAUCUUUAUAAUAUCCCAUCUCAAGUGAAGCUUUCCUCCACUGUGGUUAAAGCAUUUGUUAAGAUUAUGCUUCCUGUGGUAAAGACUGGUAUACAAUCAAAGCGAGAUGAGGCCUCUUCUGAGUACGUAACAGCACUUCAACUUUUAGCUCAUCUUGACCCCAACUAUGUGUUGGAUAAUACCUUGUUGGAUAUUUAUGAGUCCUUGGAAGGAGUUAUUUCUACACAUAGGGUGAUCAACGCAUUGAGAAUGGUUGAUUCAAUGGCACGGUCUAUUGUAUCAACGCCCAUAUUUCGAGUUCAUUUGACGCGGAUAUUACUGUUGUUAUUACCAGGAAUUGACUCAAAUGACUUGGAAAAGACUUUACAGACAUUGGAAGUGGUCUCCGCCAUUAGCAACUACGCACCCAUAUAUGAUUUAAGUGGAGAGUACGGGGAUACUUCACUUGCCAUGGAAUUUACUCAAAAUCAUAUUGAAUAUUUGAAGAGAAAAAUAUACGACGGUGAUGUUGAACCUUUUGCAGUGGAUAAACAAACAGAGAUUGAUGCUUUGGUAUCAUCGACAUCUGCGUUCAAGGAGAUUUUCAAAUCUUUGGCACAAAAAUUACCUCCCCUACUUGAGAACUUGCCAGACCCACACAAGAGUUAUGGCCCUGAACAGGACUUGGCAAUCUCCUUGCCCAAGUUUUUUGUGGUCAUCUUUGAGUCCAUGUCAGAUGAUAUCUUUAGGGUUUUCAGGAAGGAGUGGUUUGAGUUUGUGUUCAACAACGUUCAUCACACAUCGACGCUGGUUGUAGCUGAUGUUAGUGGAGUGGUUGUGAGGCGUGACCCAAAAUGUUUUAAACAAAAUGCUCGUAUUCUUAUGGACAAGAUCCACGAGGAGAUUGAUGAGAAUGGUGCUGGCUCAUCCAGGACGGGUGAAGAGGUUGUGCCGCGUGACCAAGCUUUAAGUUGGAAUUUGACAAUUUUGAGUGACUGCGCUGCUGUUGCUGGGUCACAACUAGUGGGUAUGCACAAAGAAUUGAUGGACUUCUCAACGUACCUUAUGCAAAAUGUGAAGGGGCCAUGUAUUUUUCCAGCAGCAUUUCUUGUGAACCAAGUGUUGCAAUCAGUUACCAGAAUCAGAAUCAAUGAGAGUAGAUUGAUCUCUCCCAAAUAUGAGAAGGAGCAUGGUGUUGAUGAGACUUGCUGGGGAGGUUUUUGGAACUCUGAUGAUCGCUUUGUGGAUACUUCAUUUGACUGGUUUGUCCCCACUGAAAAAGAGGUCAAUUUUGCUUACGAGUUUUUCAAUGAUCAUGCUACUAUAUGUACCAAAAAUGUCAUUACGUUGAUGAAAAGCUACGAACAGGAACAAUCUAAAAACUCGAUUGCACUUCUUGACGAUUUGCGAAAGAAUAUAGUGUAUUUUGGAUAUUCCUUAAGCGGAAUAUCAUUCUUGUUGGAUCCGUCGUUUGAGGAGGACAUUCCCAAAUUGGAUCACGAAGCCGAGUCGAUUCAGCAAAGACUCGCAUUGUUGAAACAAAUUAGAAAUCUCAAGGAUGUUUCUACCCAGGAGGACUAUUUGUAUGAUGAUAAAGUAAGUGAAAACAUGCAACAAAUCUUGAAUGACUUGCGCAAUGAAGACCCGAUUGAUUAUAUUGCAGACUUUGACAAAAUGAAUGAAAUGAUUACCGAGCAUGAAGCAAAGGAGGAUGAGGUGGAGGCGGAGGCGGAGGCGGAUGAGGAUUCUCAUAAGUUUACUACGCCAGAACAAAAGAACGUUUUGCAUCGUCAUUUCCGCGCACCAGAAAGGCCAGACUCGACGGCACCCGAUUCUGUUUCCGGUAGAGAAACUCCGCGAAUUGAAGGCAUUCAAAUGUCCUCAAUGAACCCGGCAAUCACUUUUAGAGAGAAGAGUUUAUACACGUCAAACUACUUUUUUGGUGACAACUCUCGUCACAAGGAGCAUAGAGACUUGUAUUUGAAAAUCCACAAAACGAGACACUUGAUUGGAAGAAGUUUGCAUUUUAUUCAUAAAUUCUUGGUUAGCAAUUUUCCUGACAAUACUAGAAUUUUCAGAAAUCUUUUAUUGGCAACUAAUACCUGGAUUUCCGAUGUUGGUAGAGAGAGACUCCUCAAGCCCAAUAUUCCCCAAAUUGAUUAUGGGUAUGUGCAGUAUCUUCAAACUAUCAACAGGGUGAGAAAACCAUUCACAAGGAUUGCCAUUGGAGCAAGAUUAGAAUCAUACCAUCAGUCUAGGGUGGCACUACAUGCUACAUCAAGGUCGGAAACGAAUUUGGACCGGGUUUUAUUGGAGGAUGUGAUUAAGCUCUCGAGCUCCACUUAUGUCACUAUUGCCAGCAUUGCUCAAAAAGUGUUAGUAGAUAGUCUGAGAAGGAUCAGUGGGUCCUACUCGCACAUAAUCAAGUCGACAUUUAGAAAUCUCAAAAAGGCUUUGGACGCGGAUGAUCAUCGACAAAUUGAGAGUAUUUUAAAAGUGUUUUUGUUGCGUCGUUUGAAGGGAAAGUUGCAAAACGAUUAUCUCAAUGUUCAAAAAUAUCUUGCGUUGCUUUAUAGAUGUCUCAAGGUGGAUGAUCCAAAAGUUUACAAACUAGCUCAAAGCUUAUACGGUGCAGUCGGUAGAGGAAUCACUACACCUAGUAGUGUGUGCUUGAUUGACCAUGAGGCAAUUGAUCAAAUCAGGCCUCCUGACCAGUACAUUGACUUGGAAAUCAAAGCCGUUCAAUUGGCGAAGGAGAAGAAACGACAUGUAUACUUUGACAAGUUGGAAAAGCUUCAAGAUAAGGUGCUUGAAUUGAAGGACAAUGUUACGCAUUGGAAGAUUACGAUGCUGAAUCUGGAAUUGCUUCUGAAUUUGCAAGCGCAUUUGGAUAUCCCCACUAGAGGGAACGUGUUGGAGCUGUUUUCAAAUGAAGCUUCGAGCGAGCAUCCAAUAAUAUCAAGACACGCAUUGCUUGGUAUAACAAGGAUCUUGAACAAGUUGCAUGUGCUUGAGCAGUACGAAUACAAGUUUGAUAACUUGUAUGACACCAACUUUGUGCCACGUGGUUGGAAGGUGGUGGAUACAAACCCCGUCAAUGGAGAGUCAUUUACAUCAAAAUGGAUGAGUGAACUUCGCAACACUACUCAUCCUGAAUAUUUCUUGGAUACCAAACCGUACUCUGGCUGGUUAUUUUGGGGUGAAAGCAUUACUGUUAUUACUCCAGAAUUGGGACAAAACUUGGCAGUGAACGAGGAGGACGAGGCGGCGUUGAGAAGACUUGGACACUCCUUAGAUAAGGAGUGGAUUACAAAGAUUGUCAAAAUGUGGGCUUCGGAAGCAGAGAAUAGCAAUGCUUUUCAAGUUGCCGAUGUUAUGUUUCUUGUGGUUUUGGUCUUGUCGAUAUCGAACGGAUAUACUCCCAAGUUGACGUAUUCAGAUUUGUUGUCUACUGUUGAUGAAAUUUACGUUGCUGGAGAAAAGGGUGCAAACAUUGUCGUUUGUGAGGUACUUUCUGGAAUAUUGUUGGCUUCAAAGUGCACAGCUCCACAAUACUGGGAGGAAAGAGAUGAAUUUGUAAUCAAGUACUUGAAACAGGUUUUUGAGCAUGAUAUAUCUCCUGGUACACUGGCAGCAUGGGGUGUUUUCUGUCUUUAUGUCUCAGCUCACACAGAUUCUAGACGGUUCCACAAAGUUAUUGAGGAGAUUGCCAAUUUCAAAUUGGAUCCAAAUUCGGAUUCUGCAUUUAAAGAUUCUACAAGGAUUAGUUAUAUCAAGUCGGUGAUAUCCUCGACUUCUUGGAAAUUGGGUGAUCCAGACAAGUUUUUGGAUCUUUGUUUGGACAACAUGAAUCACAAGUACAAUUUGGUGAGGAGGGAAAUUGGGUCCUUAAUGGCGGUGGUUUCUUUGAGAUACUACGUUGAAUCCAUCAAGGAUUGCAAAGCUUUUGUGCAAGGAUGCAAUAGACAUGAUGAUUUGUUGUUGUAUAAGAAGAAGGGGAAAUUAUUUGAUGAAGUGCCCAGAUUGUUUGAGCAGACUGAGAAAUGGAGAACUGAAGUGGUUCAUUUAGAUCCACAAGAGAUUCUUGUUUCGAAUUACAUCAAUUCCGCAACCACGAUUUUGACUUGGUUGAGACAGGAACUCGGUACAAAUUUAAGCAUAUUACUUCAAGAUCUAGUCCAUACUCACAUUGUUCCGUUUUUGCUUGAGCUUAUAAACUUGAAGGAAGUGUGUCAAUUGGGAAACAUUGAUCCCAUUUCGGUGUUGAAGAAGGCAUCGCAGAUCACCUUUACGGAAAACCAUUUGGAAGAUAUCGUGGUGAUGUUGGAAGACUAUUCUCAGAAGGAUUUGAACAUAGUUCAGUCUAUUGUCAUUGGUGAAUUCACUGAAACCAUCUUUUUCAAAAACUUGUUCAAGUUGACAAAGAGCCAACGCGAGAGGAUUGUCAACGUAACAAACUCGUUGCUCUAUCAUAAGCAUGUGGAAGUCAGAGAAGCCGAGGCUGAAACGUUGGCAGGGUUGGUCCAUAUGUUACCUUUGAAUGAGGUGGAUGACAUUGUUCGGAAAUUCAGUCAAUCGUACUCUCAACAAUUGGACCAGACGCGAGCAAAAUACAAUCGUAAUUUCAAGAAUAUCACUUUUGGGGACCAUAUUGCAUUACAUGGUGCUACAUUGGGAUUGGGGGCAUUGAUCAACGCAUUCCCAUUUGCGUCGCCCCCACCCAAAUGGAUGCCGCUGUUGUUGUCUACCCUUGCGAAUAAGAGCACGGGUAUACCUGGUAUUGUUGGGAAAACUGCAAAAGAAACACUCGGACGGUUUAGAAAAGAUAGACAGGACAGUUGGCAUGUUGAUAGUAAGGUUUUCCAGGAUGACCAAAUACAGGACCUUGAGGGUGUUUUAUGGAGAAGUUACUUUAUUUAA